CGGACGAACUGAUCUGACAGAAGUUUUUAAAAGAUUAUCGAGAAAAAGAGAAUAUAUAUGGCAUCCAAGUGGAAACCAACGUUUUGGAAGCCAGGUUCUGAGGGCCCUGGUAGUAGUAUAGCUGAAGAGAGAGCUAAUAAUGAGGAGGCUGGUGCAUCAACAGUGUAUAAUCCUAAUGCAUCCUUAUCUAUCACACUGCAAAGACAAAGACUUCCUAUAUUCAAGCACAAAACAAAUAUCCUGUAUCUGCUAGAAAAAUAUGAGACAGUUAUCAUUGUGGGUGAAACAGGAUGUGGAAAGUCAACCCAGAUUCCACAGUAUUUAUUUGAGAAUGGUUGGACCGCAGAUGGCAAAAAGAUUGGAAUCACUCAACCAAGACGAGUGGCUGCAGUCACGGUUGCAAUGAGAGUAGCUGAAGAAAGAAGCUCAUUCAUUGGCCAGGAAGUGGGUUACUGUGUAAGAUUUGACAAUUGUUAUGACCCACACACUACGAUGAUAAAGUAUAUGACAGAUGGGAUACUAUUGAGAGAAAUCAUGGGAGAUCCUCUGCUUACCAAGUACAGUGUUAUUAUGAUUGACGAGGCUCAUGAAAGAACUCUUUACACAGAUAUCAUUUUGGGUCUUUUAAAAAAGAUAAAGAAAAAAAGAAAGGAUUUGAAAAUAAUAGUGUCUUCAGCAACUCUUGAUGCAGAGAUGUUUAAAAAAUAUUUCAACACAAAUAUUACAAGUGAUAAAAGCAAAGACACAGCUGCUGUCCUUUCUGUGGAAGGCAGAUCGUAUCCAGUAGAUAUACACUAUACCUUAAGUCCAGUUCCAGAUUAUGUGAAGGCUACAGUUGAUACAGUAAUGGGUAUUCACCUGGAGCAAGGGCCUGGUGAUAUACUGGUCUUUCUCACUGGUCAGGAUGAAGUUGAGUCUGCUGUGGAAAAACUUAUUGAAAGAGCAAGAGCAAUGCCUAAAGGAUCUCGUUACCUGAAAGUCCUUCCGAUGUACAGUGGCUUACCUCAUUCAGAGCAGAUGCUUGUGUUCAAAAGAGCUCCACAGAAUACAAGAAAGGUAGUUGUGGCUACAAACAUAGCUGAAGCGUCGAUAACUAUCGAUGGCGUUGCAUAUGUAAUUGAUUGUGGGUUCGUCAAGAUGCGAGCAUACUCUCCAAAGACUGGCGUAGAAAGCUUGAUCGUGACACAGGUAUCCCAAGCGUCUGCUGAACAGAGGGCAGGCAGGGCUGGAAGGGUUCGAGCAGGAAAAGCUUACAGGUUAUACACAGAGAAGGAUUUCCACCAACUGGCUUCAGGAACAAUACCAGAAAUGCAGAGAAGUAAUCUUGCUCCUGUUUUACUACAACUCAAAAGCAUGGGAAUCGAUAAUGUGUUAAGGUUCGACUUUCCUUCUAAACCUCCUGCACAGUCGAUGAUCAGAGGUCUGGAGCUUUUAUAUGCGAUAGACGCACUCGAUGAUAAUGGCAAACUGGUCGAACCUUUAGGUGUUAGCAUGGCGGAGUUCCCCCUGGAACCAAUGAUUGCCAAGAUGCUACUUUGUUCAGGGAAAUUCGAGUGUUCUAAAGAAAUCCUUACCAUUGCCGCCAUGUUACAGAUUCACCACGUGUUUGUCAGUCCGUCCAAUCAGAAGGCAGCUGCGGAAAGGGCUCGCAGAAAAUUCGCAGUGUACGAAGGUGAUCAUUUAACUUAUCUGAAUGUAUACCAGGCGUUUGUCAAGCACAAACAGAGUUCUCGCUGGUGCCAAGAAAACUUCGUCAAUUAUAAAGGACUAAAACAUGCAGUCAAAAUCAGAGAGCAGCUGAAGAAGCUAUUGCUACAUUUUAAUGUACCAAUUCUAACCUGUGAUGGUGAUGUUGAUCCUGUCUGUCAAUGCAUCGUCUCGGGUUUCUUCGCCAAUGCAGCGCGCUUACACCCCAGUGGGUCUUACAGGACCAUACGGGAUGGCCAUCCUCUACACAUUCAUCCCAAUUCAGUACUUUACGCUGAACAACCGCCUGAAUGGGUCAUUUAUCACGAGAUCCUACAGACGUCGAAAUAUUACAUGAGAGAUGUUACAAAGAUUGAACCAUCCUGGCUUUACGAAUUGGCCCCUCACUAUUACGAGUACGGCACUGUAAGUCAGCAUUACAAUUACUUUUGUCGUUCAUUAUUCCUAUAGCUCUGAUAUUCAUUUAGAUACCUUUUCUGUCCCUUUAGGAUCGGGAGAUUGCAGCUAAAAGAGCAAAACUGGAGUAAAAACGGGAAAGAACUGAGAAGAAAGGAUUUAAAGCUUACGGCAGAAAAUGAGUAUACUAAAAUGUAUACUUUAUGUAUAUUUUACUGACGUUUGGUGUACAUAAUUAAUAAAGAAAUACAAAUAAAUGUAUAAAUUUUGAA